AUGUCCAAGAACAUGGACAACUUCGUACCAAGUACACCACCAGCUCUUUUCAUUCCAAAGAAGAAAGAAACUCAGCCCAAGCUCUCGUUGAGCGACAUGCUCGCCGCCAAAGAAGCCGCGAAAUUAUCUCCCAAACAAUCUGUCGCAGAUUCUGAGAUGUCAGGAACUGCUAAUACCUAUGGUACUUUAUUGAAUCCCAGUAUUAUAUGAUCUUGGGCUAAUUAUUCAAGUAUUUGGUGCUGCUAGUAAUGCUAGUUCACCUAGCGCCUUUCGAUUUGGAGCAAUGGCAAACUCUCCCAUGCCUACGUCGACUCUGUCUCCCGAUAUGGAAAAGACACGCAAGCUUGAGAAGGAACUCAAACGACUCACUCACGAGCAGAAUGAGUCUUUGAAGGAGUUGAAACGAGAGAGAGCUAUUAAUGCAAAGACAAUUGCAGACCUCACAAUGGUAAUCCAAACUGCUGAAGAUAGCAGUACACAGACAAUCGCAGACCUCAACGCGGCAAUAAAAACUGCUGUGGAAGAGAAAAAUGAGUUUGAAAGGAACUAUCUCACCGUUUUUGACGCUCUCACUCGAGCAAAUGACACGGCAGAUGAGGCAAAUUAUCAUGCCGAUCAAUGCGAUGACCAAAUCAAACGUCUAGAGAGGGAAAAAAAGAAUCAAAACACCAUCAACCGUCGCUUGAACGAGGUGAUAAAUAAUCUGAGGGCCAAGGUUGUCAGCCUUGAGGAGAAGGUCGAUAGCCUUGAGGACGAGAUGGAAGUGAAGUUGGGUGACAUUCAGGUAGCAGAGACAGAAAUCACAGUCAAGACUGAAGAGUUAAAGGUGUCUCAAGGCGAACUUGAAGCAUUCAAGCUGGAAGCUUCCGGAAUUUCUUUUAAUCAUGAGCAGAAAAAUGCAGGUGAUCGUCUCAGAGCGCUUGAGGGGGAGCAUCAAGAACUCGCCAACAAAUUCCAAGAAUUGGGAGACGAGAAGGCAAAGUUGAUGGUUGAGGGCCAGACCAUAUUGAAUGAGCGAGACCAGCUCAAACUUCAGCUCAACGAUGCUACUGUCAAAUUCAAUACCCUGCAGCAAGAUCACGUUAGAGUUCAGGCCGAAAUUACGCAAGCUCAACCUCGUGUUUGGGAACUGCAGCAGACAGCAAACAGAGCUACUGCCUUGGAUAUGGAGAACGAGUCACUCACGGAAAAACUUGAGCAAGCCAAUUGUGACCUUGCACAAAUAAAACUUAACCAUACACAAGCUAUCGAAGCUAAAGAUCGGAUUAUAUCCGAGAGCGGUCACGCCCUUCUCGAUUCGAAUCUCAAAGAUACUUCCAACGUACAAAGCGAGUUCCACAAGACAAUUGAGGAACUUCAAGCCAAAAUUCUCGAUCAGGCGACUGCUCAUCAGAACGAUAUCGCUUUGUUUGAAGCCAAGAUUGCUGAGCUGUCUGAAGGGCAGGAAGCAAAGUUACUUUCUCUGCUGGAUUCCUACAAAUCCAUUGUCACUAAAAAAGAAGAGAUAAUUGCUCAAGCAAAUGCACAAGCUAAGUCUGCUGAUAAAGAUGUGGCUUCUCUCAAAUUCGAUCUCUCAAUAGCCAAGGGAUCUGCUGAUGCUCUUCAAUUGAAAGUCGACACACUCCAAGGCGAUCUCGGUGCUUCCCACAAAACUGUGCUUUCUCUUCAAAGUGAAGCAAAACAUGUGCGGACUGAAUUCGAUGUUCUUAAAGACGAAAUGACCUCGACGCGAACUCUCCUCGACGACAUCAGCCGGAAGACGGAAUCAGCUAAUAAGCAAUUGGCGGAAAAGAAAGAAGAGCUUGCCGCAGAGAGGAAUGCUCACGAGGCUACGAAGGCCAUGCAUGCUGCAUCUAUCGAUCGACUUGCCAAAGAUAAACACAAAUCAGAUUCUGUCGUUGCUGCUAAUAGCAGGCAGCGAAUGACUGUUCCCCGUCGCACUGCCUUGCGCCCAAUUAGAUCCACAUGGCCAGUUAUCACGGAGGAGGAACCUGAAUUCAUAAAUGAGGAUGUAACUUUCCCAGUCAUUCCAACCAGAAUUAGAGGCUGCAGGUGCACAGCACCAGCCACCAUUCCUCGUCUAGAUUUUGAGGACGAAAAGUUAUUUUCGCCCAGUCCUGAAGUACGUGUCGAGCAUGCUAGGUUUAUACUCAGACAAUUUACCCAACUAACCAUGUCGCCGUUUCAAUUCAUGGAUAGCGAACCUGCUAACGUCACUAUUUCCGAUUCUAUUCCCAAGGCAGAAGAGCCUGUCGUCAAGGUUGACUUACCACAGGCGACUGAGGAGGAAAAGCAGAAUGCAGAAGCUCCUAUACCCUCAUUAGGGGUUGUUGUGGUAGCAGUUCCUAAGAAGAAGCAUGUCAGAGCUCCCUCUGCAAUUUGCCGAUUUUCGCUUGUCCUCUUCUUCCUCUUCGUUAUCUCGUUGAUCGCCAUGUCCACAAAGGUAGCUCCUACCCAGCGAGGACCGGUUUUGUCGAUUGGAAUGACAAGUGUCGCAGCCAGAACUGCGACACCGGUUAUUUCCACGGUUGUUUCUACUGAUCCCAUAGUGGCUACGGUGACUACUGUGGCUACGGUGGUCUCUGUAGAAGAGCCAAAGUCGACGGAACUGGUUGCUCCCGUUUCUUGGGACAAAGUCUCUUUACAAGUACUCUAUCCCACCAGAAUAUUGCACCUCGGGGAACGGGUCCUGGAGAGUACAUUCCAUUACUGGAAGGCUCUCGAGGUUCGUAUCCUCCGAGUUGUCAAUCUUUUCCGCCGUGGUGGUUAG